UUUAAUCUUUUCGCCUUUUUACCUUUUCACAUUUUUAUAUUGUUACAUUUUCACUAAAAUUAUGCCGUAUUAGUGGCGUAAGUCUUACAAGUGAAGUGGCGCAAGGAACAGCACCGCAAUAUCCAACUGGAUAUAACAGCAACACAGUUGCAUCCUUAUGUUUUCUGAGUAUCACGAUAUACCACAAUUGUCUAUGGAAUCGACUAAAUUCUCACCGGAGGCUGUGAAGGAAUCUCUUUUUCAAGAAGGCUUCUUCUACUUGGAAGACUUAGCCGUCGGGGAAGGUAUCUUGGAGAUGGAGAAGAGGGGCUUUGAGUAUUUUUCGGAAUAUGGCCUGAAUUUUUGCAAACAACAUAUUCUUAAUGCUGUGAGCAAAAACAGAGCAUUCUAUGGUAUCUAUCUAAUCCACCCUAGCGCAUCAUGUCCAUCGCCGAAUCCUUUUUCGGCGAUGAAACUUGCAUUCUGGCACACUGGCUGCGAUACACAGCCUACCCGGGCCAUAUCUUGUGCUUUAGGAGGGGUGGACCAAAAGCUGGCCGGUGCGUUCUAGUAGUUCAUCUACUUAGCCAAAGGAUCACGAGUUAUUUAUUAUAGCGGCUCGCAUCGACAUGAGUUUCCUACCACUAAAGGGAAAAGGUUAUUGCACGAAGUUCAUGAAUCUGCGCUCGCUGCAGUGAGCUGCCAAAGCCAAGAGAAAGAAUUUCCUUCCAGCAGCUUGUAAGUUUCUACCUAUAUUGCAAUCUGUUGUUUUGACACAUCUCGCAGGGCAAUUUUCGAUGCUCGAAUCAGUUUCGAAAUAAAGCAAAGAUACGCCAUCACAUUUGAGUUUGCAACAGCCGAUGUAGUUGAGAAAUGGCUAAAGAUGAACCUUCCGGAAACACCAUGGUUGGCGCCAAAGAUUGCAAACAUGGAGAGUAGCAAAAUCCGAAUAAACUUUGCAUUUAAAGAUACUACUGGAAGUACAAACACAUGAUUAUUACUGCUUAUAGUAUUGAGCUCUCUAGAUACUCAGUCCUAUUCUCCGUUGGCAUCCAUCCGACCCAUCAUUCAGGGAAGUUUAUGAUACUAUUUACAGGGGCAUCGAAGUUGAUGUCGUUGAGAGAUAUGGUUGGCCCUUCGUUAGACUCGAGAUAAGGCGCCUCUGCUGAUAUGUUUGGAGAGCCGCCUGUGGCUACAGGCUUGCCAACAUUAGGGUUGUAGCCAACUGUCUGGAGGGGAGGGCUAGUCGUGUAUCUUGUUUGAUGUAAGUCUAGUGAAGUAAUUUGUGGAGA